AUGGAAUAUGCAGACAACUCAAGUGGAGCUGAGGAAGCCGUGCUGAAAAGGCUGCAGAAACGCCUGAAGGCGCUGGCCGGUGCACGCGCCCUCCAGGGCCCCGUCCUCAAGGCGACCGUCGAGGAGAACUGCGACGACAGCUGGUACAUUGCAGGCGGUGACAUCCGCAUCGGGAUCGCCGCGAGCCUCACAAGCAAGGAGAAGAAGGCCGUCUGCGAGGCGCUCGAGGGCCUGGACGUCGACUACGAGGUGGACGACGACGACAAGGAGGCGGUCGCUGCGUACGGCGACGUGGAUGUGACGGCCCUCCAAGGCGUCAUGGCCAAGCUGCCCGACUGCGCGGCCGGCCAAGGCGUUCCGAGGGGAGCUGUGCUGAUCAGCGGAAAGGGACGCUUGGAAGUGUUCUUCCAAGAGCAGCCUUCGCGGGAAGUCCACGGCUUCAAGAUGUUCGGUCAAGUGAAGAGCGAGGGAGACCUGCACGCCCUGGAAGGCGCCGGCUGCCGUCUCAACGUGUGUGAAGACGAGCGGUACGGCCGCGGCUACUCGGACUGCUUCUGCCAGACAGGCAACACCCAAAGCACCACUCUGAACGACGCGGAGUUCUUAAAGUGAGAAGCUCAAUGUCACUAGAAGCCCCCAGUUGCAACCGCAUGCGGUUCAAAAAGUAUAUUUUUCUUUGUCCGUAAAUGAAAAAGUAGUUCAUGUUGAUUACGAUUAGUCUGCAGGUGUGUUUAGUGGAUUUGGAUUCAUUCGGCACCCCUGUCCAAGUUCCUUCUUAUUUCAUGUGAUGCGUUGCGUGGUUUCCUAUGUAUUAAAAUUGGUGAAGGUUUGAUAAGGAAUUUCUUU